GGACCUAGCAAGCAAGCUAGACUAAAUAGAGAAAAAAAAAUAGAGAAUGAGUGAGAUCAGUGAAAAGAUGAGGAGCGCAGUAGUGGAGAGCAGAGAGUGGUACAUGGCUGCUUAUGCACCUGAAGGUGUUCCGACCUCCGAUCAUCUCAAACUCCGCACAGUCAAAAUCUCCCUUGCCCUCGAUUCGAUCCCGGAACAACAUGUUAUCCUCGAGACCCUGUUCAUCUCCCUCGAUCCGUACUUGCGAAGCAGAAUGACUGGCCGAGAAGACGGCCUCUACUCUCCCCAGUACAACCUCAACGAGGUAGUUUCAGCAUUUGGAGUUGGAAGGGUACUUCGGUCAAGGGAUAGUAACUACGGGGAAGGUGACAUAGUGAUCAGUCCCUUCAUCCCUGUUGCUGAAUAUUUUGUGCUCCCAUCCCAAGCUUUAAUAAGAAAGAUUGAUGCAGAUGCUGGGAUUCCAUUGCCUGAAUACAUCAGUACGCUAGGAAUACCCGGGUUUGCAGCGUGGGUGGGGAUUCAGGUGGUGGCAGAGCCAAUAAAACCAGGGUCGAAUGUGUUCAUUUCAGCCGCGGCUGGGGCGGUUGGGAUGUAUGCAGGGCAGUUGGCCAAGCUCAAAGGCUGUCGGGUCGUCGGAAGCACUGGAUCCGACGAGAAAGUAAGGCUCAUAAAGGAGGAAUUUGGAUAUGAUGAUGCAUUCAACUAUCACACGGAGACAGAUUAUGAUGCUGCUCUAAGCAAGUAUUUCCCUAAUGGAAUUGAUGUAUACCUUGAUAAUGUUGGUGGUGAAAUGCUUGAGGCUGUUCUCAACCACGUCAACCAACACGCAAAGAUACCUCUUUGUGGCAUGAUAUCUGGCUACAACAAGGUUUGGACUGAGAGAGAGGGAGUGAGGAAUCUGCUAAAUUUGAUAGGAAAAGAUGUGAAGAUGCAAGGUUUCAUGGUGGGUUCAUACUUGGAUCGUUUUGGGGAUUUUGCAAAGGAGAUGGAGAGCCACCUAAAGGAACGAAAAAUUAAUUCUAAGCUUAAAAUCUAUAAUGGAAUUGACAAGUUCUUGGAGAGCCUACGGUCACUCUUCACCAGCUCUAAUAUCGGAAAAGUGGUUAUCCAAGUCAAGUAAUAUAUGGCUAGGUUGAAGGCCGGAUCAAUAUCAAUCUAUAUAUGCCAUUUUGAUUAAGAAAGUCUUGCAUACGUCAGCCGUAUUAUGUGUCUAGUAUGGCUGAACAAUCAGUGUCAUGCAUGCAUGGAGGUGUUUUGAGUAUUUCACAAUUUUCACUUUGAAAAAGUAUGGGUAAUUUCUAAAUAAGAAUCAUUUUUCCUGGA